CGGCACCGCCCCGCGGGGCUCCUCCCGCCGCCGCCAUGUUCCGGGGCCGCAGCGCUUGGUUCUCGCGGAGCGUCAGCCCCGGCCAGCGGGAGCUGUGGGCGGCCGGUGGCGGGGGCUGCGCCCGCUGGCAGGAUGCUGAGUACCUGUUCAGCAGCGACGCCGCGCACCCGGACACCCGCAGAAUACAUGAGAGCCUCAAUUACUUGGAGGGCAGAGCCACGGUCUUCCACUCCUCUUACCUCUCUGCAUGGGCCAACACCAGUGCGGAAGAGAAGACGUCAGUGGCUCUGGGCCACUUUGUCCUGCCACCCGCUUGCCUGCAAGAAGAAAUCAGAAGGCAGAUCGGUUGUUUUAUCUGGGAGCAGGCGGACGAUUCACGGCGCAACAGGAAUCUGACGGACAGACCCGAGGCAGCGGGAACAGGCGGGGAGGAGGAGGAGGAGGAGCAUGUGCUAGACCUGAUGCAAAGCAGUGAAGAAGAAACAGACCCCACAGCACCUGAAGGGGAAUGUCCACACUGUGUCCUGCAUAAGUACCCAACAAAUAACAUGGUGACAGGCUACGCCUCCGCUCGGGACAUGAAGAAGUACGUUGGGGAGCUCCAUGAUUUCAUUCCUGGCACCUCGGGCUACGAGGCAUAUUGGGUUAAACAAAAGAUCAAGACCCAAAUGAAGAGGAAGUGUAAGUCACAGGUGGCUGUUCAUGUCAAGAACUCCAGUUAA